AUGUCCCACAGGGCGCCGAGGGGGCAGGAGGAGGAAGAAGCGGGGGCGGAGGUGGGAGGGGAAGGAGCGGCGAGGGGCAGCCGGGCGCGGCACAAGAGCCAUCCGGAGCCCGCGGCGAGCGGCGGCAGGACUCAGGACCGGCACGAGAGGAAACGGAAGAGGCAGGAGGCGCAGCAGCUCCGGAAGCUCCAGCACCUGGAGUCCUUCUAUGAGAAACCUCCCCCAGGGCUAAUUAAGGAGAAUGAAACAAAGCCAGAAGACUGCAUCCCUGAUGUGCCAGGCAAUGAAAGUGCACGAGAAUUCCUGGCGCAUGCGCCGACAAAAGGGCUUUGGAUGCCUUUGGGAAAAGAAGUCAAAGUCAUGCAGUGUUGGAGGUGUAAACGUUACGGACACAGAACAGGAGAUAAAGAAUGCCCAUUCUUUAUCAAAGGCAAUCAGAAACUGGAACAAUUUCGAGUAGCACAUGAAGAUCCAAUGUAUGAUAUAAUAAGGGAAAAUAAACGUCAUGAAAAAGAAAUGAGGAUACAGCAACUGAAGCAGCUCCUGGAGGACUCUACCUCAGAAGAUGAUGACGAUAACAGUGAUGACAGUGAUGAGGAUGAUGAAGAUGGCAGCAGCUCUACUUCCUCAGAAUGUAGAGAUAAGCACAAGAAAAAAAAGAGAAAGAAGGAAAAGAAAAAAAAGGAAAAGAAGAAGAAGAGAAAGAGAAAGCGCAAAUCAUCUAAAUCUAACGAGAAGUCGGAAUCUGACUGACAGCAGUCAGCUGCUGCACCUUCAUUUUGUGAACUGCAAGGAAGGAGCCAAAGAACAAGGGAGAAACUACCAGAAAGGGCUUUCUUAAAGUCAGAACAUGCAGAUGGAUACAUACAGCAUCCUAGGCUGGCUGUCCUCUUCUGCCCCUCCACAGUGCCACAGCCAGAAGGAAGAGAGCUGCAUUAAGCAGCACUUGAUCAAUCAUAUCUUUAUACUGUAAAACCUUUGCUGAGGGUCAUCUGUCUUGUUCAGAUUGGGCCCCUGCCUUGCUCCAUGUGAUUGUCAGCAGGAAGCAGUGACUAUCAAGGGUUUUCCUAACAAAUCUGCAGCAUUAGCAGACUGGCUCUUGAAGUGUCUUUUUUUUUUUUUUUCCCCACAUGAAGUGAUUUCAUUAUAGACAAAACCUCAUUGUAAUGAGACUGCAGUUAGCACCAUGCAGAGCACUGGGGGUUCACUUACAGUGCUUACAAUAAACAAGUUGUACUGUAUUAUUGGUUUUCCCUCUGUAUACUGCCUGUAUUCUCAAGUUCGGUGUACUUAUCCUAUUACUGGCAGCUAGGGAAAUAAAGAGUACUGCUGAAGGGAGGAAAAAGUUAAUUAAGAGCAUUUACUUUUAAGACAAAUUUGCAGUGUCAGCAAGACUUGGUGGGGGUUUUUUUGUGUAGCAGAAUCUCAACAUCAUCACCAUUAAUACAAACAAGUCAGCAAAACCUAAAGCAUUCUCCAGACCAGAUGUGGGAGCCAAGUGUAAUGAUGUUAGAGGUUCAGCUUCACUGUAAAGAGGUAGUGGUUUGAGUUUAGAAGAGUGUUUUCAUAUUAGAAAUUAAAAAGAUCAAUUUCUGCAUAUACUUCCCUAUCAGUUGUUUUGAUACAGUUGAGGGGGCUUUUCUCCUUUUAAAAAGGCUUGGGGAAAUAAAUGCCAACUUAUUUUUUAUGCUUAUUAGAAUUAUGUAGCAAUAUUUUAUGAAUCAUCCCACAAGAGUAUAAAAGUAUAAGGCUUGCAAAAUGGUUUUCAACUGUAUGCAUGUCAGCCACAGAACAGUAGUAAAGAACUUGUAAGCAGGCAGAAGGGAAACUGUUGUGUACUGAGCUGACUUUGUAGACUGACCAUGCUUCUCUUUUUAAAUCAUCUUGCAGGCUCAACUAGAAAGACUGAGGUAGCUAUAAACUGCAUUAGAGUAAGCAUCUCUUUUUGAAGCCAAGGUACAGAGGUCCAAAGCUAUGAUUUAUAUUGGUAUUCUUGAGAAAGAGAAAUACACUUGCUUUGAAAGGAUGAGGAGGGACUUACCUAGAACUUAGUCUCUGUGCUUACCCUUAUAUUGGAAAAAAUCCCCACCAUGAUGAAGCCUUAACAUUGAUAGAGUGAACAUGACAGUGAAAUGAAGGAACCAUAGACUAAAAUGCUCAUGAGAGCUUUGGAAGAGGACAGAGAACUGUAUACAUUAAAUUAUGUUUUCUCCCUCCUACAUAUCUAAGAGUCAUUUAGUAAAACUAAACUCCUGUUCCUUGCCAAUCAUUUACAAUAUGAUUUAGGGAAAAACAAAGCAAUCAGGGAAGAUUCUUUAUCUUAUUCCCGGGGUUUGAAUGUAGAGUGGUGUUUUAUCCUCCAGUAUUAUUUAGUAGAUCUCCCUGUAAUGGGAUUUAUUGGUUUCUCUUACUAGUUCCCAGCAUCAACAAAUUAAAAGCUCCUGGCUCUUUCACUAGAAAAAGAUUUAACAGCUGAAAUAGCAUAAAGAGAUUUAUAGGCUGGUUCUCUCUAGUGUCACAUUUGGUGCUGAGAAAAAUCUCUGCAUUGAGAGCAGUGACUGCUGACAGAUGCUGGAAGCCACAGCUAAUGUUCACCUGAUAACACUCCCCGAGAAUUCUUAUUGAAGUUUGCCUGGAGCAGAACUGACCUGGAGAUCUCUUCAAUGACUUCUGCUUUUGUCAUUUAAGAUUCUCUCAAGUUUGGCUUAAUAAAAACAAAUUCAAGUCUUUCC